AUGUCGGGGCCAAAUGGUUCCGCUUCGGGAGAAUUGGUAGAAGCCCUGGGCCUGCUGGAUCCGAAGGCCCCUGCCCAGGAGCCGGAGGUCACACCGGGUUGGGCCUCUCCAGUGGACGUCCUGCUGUCCGUGGUGAGUAGCCUGAAGACCUGUGAGACGGCCCUCCUGGACGCAACUGCAGUGAAACUGGCCGUGAUUUUGCAAAAAGAGAAAACUGAUCUGAAGGACAAGGUCUCAGAAAUAGUGGAAUGGCUGUAUUGGGAGAUCAGCAGCAUCCCGGUAGGCAGAGCUCGGAGGGCGGCGUUGAACGUGGUGACUUCUCUAGCAGAGGUGUCUCCUGAAGACGUGGUCUCCAGCCUCUUGAAACACUCCCUGCCCUGCAACAGCACGGCCUCCGAGAUGUGGAGGACUCUCUGCGUGGUUCCCGAGACCAACACCAAAGUCCUCUGGCACUUGCUCCGAGAGCUGAAACGGGGAGACACCGCUGGUUACGAGGAGUCUCUCACUCCUUUGGCAGCCCUGAGAGCGCUGGGCGAAAUGCUGAAACUCUUCAGCUGCAUGGGAGCCAUCCAGGGGUUCUACCCAGCCCUCCUCCUGGCCAUCCUGACCCAGAUCCACUUCCUGGUGCGGCUUCCGGGCUACGGGGAUGAUGGGGAGGAGGAGAAGAAAGGCCAGAUGUGCCAAGCAGCCAACUCCAGCGCCAGGGCGAACAGCCACCACCCCCUCCAUGGCAAACAGGUGGCUGCUGAACAUGUGAGGUUCACAGUGGAUACGCUGAGGACUCUGUUGCUGCGGGACCACGACUUUAAGGCCUUGCUGGGCCUGGAGACGAAUAAGGUCUGGGGUCUCCUGUCCAGCAAGGAGGAACAUCUCACAGGCGUCGUCCUCUUUGCUCGAAUCCUGGCGAUCCUCACAACUCAUCACUUCUUGGGGCUGCUGGCAGAGGUCAUCCCUCAGCUGGAUGCCCAAGUGGAGGAGAGGGCUUUGACCGCCAAGGCGCUCUUUGCGGGGGUAAGUUGUGGAAUUGUCCAGGGCACCCAGUGUGCGAGGCACAACCGGAGCAAGCUCACCACGCAUUUGAUCCCCAAGAAGCGAGUCCUGACCAAGCUGGAGCAGUGGCAGGCAGACCCCCGGCUGGUGGUCCGCUGGCUUAGCUUCCAGGGAUUGGGAAACCUGGCGCUGCAGAAGCAGAAGCUGAAGUUCCUGAAAGGGCUGGUCUCCAGGAUGCUGGAAGGUCUGAACGAGGCCGACGAGAAGACGGUGAGAGACAUCCUCAAAACGCUGCCGAAGGUCCUGAGUUACCACCGCUUGAGACUUUACGUGGGGUCCGUCUGCCUCCACAUUGCGGAGAAACUCCCACCUUUCCUGGAGGACGUUCAAUGGUACCCCAAAAAGACUCCAGUUUUCCUGACUUGUACUCUGGAUUAUCUGAACAGCUCCGAAGCCCCCCUGCGCAGGGCGGCCGGCGUCUUUGCAGGAUUCCUUGCCUUUUACAUGGAUCCCUGGCAGCUGAACCAGGAAGCCCUGAUCGCCCUUCAGCGGGGCCUGGAUUGCCUGCUGACCGAUCCGGAACCCUCCGUGGCCCAGGUGGCCUCCAUCUCCAUCCUGCAGGUGAAGGAGAUCCGUCGGAGACUUUUGCCCGUCCCCUCUGCCCUGGCAUGGAUGCUUUGCUGCAUAAAGUCCGGGGAGAAGGAGAAGCCACAGUUUGAAAGAAGCCCCUUUAAGAGGAAGAGGAGUCCCGAGGCCUUCCUCAGCAUCCCCCAGUGUUCCCCUUAAAGAAGCCGGCGGGCUGGCCGGAGGCUGCUUAAGGCUCCCAGAGUUGCCUUCAUUUGGGGGACAUUGUGUUGUUGUGUGAUCCCGGACGUCGCAAUGUUUUGCUUUUUAUUCGCUGCCACGUUUAAUAAACCAGCUCCCCACCGCUGCUCGGCGUGGGGCAGCCUCCAAGUCUGA